GUUAACGGUAACUAUCGUGCUCAGCUAUCGUGUAUUGAAUUUUAACAUAUGCACUAAUACAUAAAUACUUCAAGGUUGCAAUUGAUUUAUUCAUUCUACAUUUCAUUAUAUCAGAAAAGAAAAAUGUAUGCGACUGUUUUCUUUCACAUCAUUGCAGUUGUCUCCAUUACUUCAAUAUACAGGAUUUAUGGGAGUUCUCCAUCAAUAGCAGAUACAUGCGAUAAAAGUGAUAUUAGAAAACAAGCCAAGGAAAUAGCAGAAACUGAAAUAGCACCUUACUCAAACUGGGACAGCUUACUGACAUCAACACCUACAUCUAUUGCUUUAAUUGGUAACCUUAUGCUAAUAGCUACCGAAAGUGAUUUUACAUUACUUGAAAAUGCUCCUAAAGACGGUUUUAAAUAUUUGAAAUAUCCAAAUUCUUUCAGGGCAUCGUUGGUUCAAUUAAGUAAUAUGGGAUCGGAUGCUUUUAAUGACGCCCAUAUGAAUAUGGAUAGCAUAAGGUUACAUACUACUAACCUUGACAGUCACGUUCAGACAUUACUUAAAAUAAUGGAUGUUGGAACAAAUGACGAAGUGGAAUUGCUUGUUCCUAUGACACUGAAGAAAAUAGAAACAAUUGCAGACGAAUGCUUGGAACUUUCUGUAAAUACCGAAAGCAGUUUUGAUUUAUUCAUGAAGACAAUCAGUGAACUGAAUGAAGCAAGCACAAUUGCUAAAGGAGUAUAUGAAGAAAAGUAUAAAGAUACAGAAACGUCGAUAAAAUCAAGUGAAAUAGAGCAGGAAAGCUCAAUGUCAGAAAGAGAACACAUGAAACAACAGAUAGAGGAUAUGAAGAAAGAAAUAAAAGACAUGCAGAAUGAUUUCGAGGAAACAUUGGAUGAAAUGCCAUCUAGUACGAAAUUGCUUGGAUUAUCUCUUGUUGACGGAUUUAUGGGUGUUGCCAAAACAAUUUUUCGUGGCCAUUGGGAUCAAAUGUUUGAAGAAAUUCAAACGACAAGAGAAGAAGCAGAAACGCCAGAAGAUCGAGCAGACAAACAAGCCUACAGAUUUGCUGGGGAAAUAAAUAGACAUGUGCAUACAUUAGUAGAUGUCGCGACAUCUCGCCUUGGAAUAGGGGAAAAAACACCUAACUGGAACGAAAUUGAUUCGGUGCGCUCGGCAAAGGAGAGUCUUAAAUUAAAUCUAAGGAACAUGAACAGAGCUGAAAUGCCAACCGAGGUUCAUAGGAGAGCCAUACAAAUUUGUGAAGAUUCGAUUCGACUGUGUAAACAACUUAUAGCGAUACACAAAGAUUUUAAACUUAAUGACGACAGAAUAAAAACAUUAAUAAUGGAAGUAGAAGAUACAUUACUUAUUUCAGAACGAUUUGUUACUGAAGCAGAUACAUUUUUACACAGUAGAGGUCCUCGUAUGAGUUGGCACAAAUCAAUGUUUAGUUCCAGUUUAGUGCACAACGAACUAAUAAAAGCUCACAUUAAAGUCGAUUCUGCGCAAGAAGUGUUGCAAGGUUCACGAAAAAAGCAGGAAGAAAUGUUUCAAAGCCUUAGACGAAAUAAUGCUCGAAUGGAAGAUACCCUAAAGGAUUUAGCUAAAUUAAAGAUUGAAAAGGUUGACUUUGAAGAAAUCAGAAAAACUUUAAUGAAAGGUAUUGAAGCCAUACAAAAUGUUCGUGAAGAAUGGGGAAAAGUUGUGAGAUUUUUUAAAACGAUAUCAAAAAUGAUAAAAAUGAAUUUUCAUGUAAAUGUUAAUACCUUGAUAGAAAAAUCAAAUAUAGGUACAAAACUGAAAUUGAAAUACGAUGCUUUGCCCGCUUUAACACGUGAACUUGUUCAUGAAAGUGUUUUAAAAGUAAGUACAAUAUCGUAUGCAGUUCAUGAAAUAGCAGCAACAUAUGUGGAAAUAUCGGAAAAACAUUUACUUGAUCAGAUGAACGCAUUGGGCGGGUUGGCUGCUUUAGAUCCUAAGACUGAACAAAAGAAAAUCAGUGAGAAGAGAGAACAGCUGAAUGAAAAUUGCCGAAAUGCCCAAAGCGAAAUAAGCGAAAUUGUAAUGAAGAAAAGACAGGAAUGUCUUGCAAAAGUUGAGAGAAAACUAAAUGAACUAACUUAUGACAAAAACUAAUAGUUCAUUUGAAGUGUCAUGUUGAUGUUGUUUAUCAUGUUAAUUACGUGUUAUAAUAUUCUUUUUAUUUGUCUUUGUAUAUUUUAAACCUUUACUGUUUAGUCCAUUUUUGGGUAAUAUCCUAUUUGGCAUGGUUUGAUAUUUAUACAUCUUGACAUUGUGUUAUUGUGGUCAUUUUUUAAAUUCUUGUCUUUCAUUUUUGCUUAUGUUCAUUAUCUACAGAGUGUCUAUAUGCCAUUUUGUUUUACUUUGUUGACUGGUCUACCCCAUUGUUUUGACAUUUUUACCAAUUAUGUCUGUCUGUUUUGCUCAAACAGUGUUGUUAAUAUAAGGAAUUUUUUUGCCACUAUAGUACAAGUGAGAGGUUUAGCUAGCUAUAAAACCAGGUUUCAUCCACCGUUUUCUACAUAAGGAAAUGCCUGUACCAAGUCAGGAAUAUGACAUUUGUUUUCCAUUCGUUUGAUGUAUUUGAGCUUUUUAUUGUGCCAUUUAAUAAAGGACUUUCCGUUUUGAAUUUUCCUUGGAGUUCCGUAUUUUUGUUAUUUUACUUUUCACGAGAAUAUUUAGUCACUGGUUGGUAAUCAGACAAGCAAUCGUUGGUCGAAUUCACUCAGUCUUGCAGUCUUCACUUUGUAUUGAAUCUGAAACAUUAUUAUUUACAUCACUGUUGCUGAAUUAUUGUAAGCUCAUCCCAGCUAUGGGUAAAUAGUCGGUCAGAUGGGGGUUGAAAGCCCAGAAAGGCAAUCCAUCUAGGAGAGACAACUCUGAUACCAAUCCGGGUAGAUCUUUGCUCGUAAGUUUUGGUUGGCACACGAUCUAGAGGAAUGGAACCUCAACUACAAUUCCACUGGCCCUCCAGGUUAGGGGGUUGAGCACAAGACUAACUAUCUCGUCUCAUAAAAAAAAACUCUAGUUACGGAAACCAUCAUGUUGAUAUUUUUGCUAAAAUUAAAAUAAACAGGAAUUUCGGGUUA